AUGGGGGUUCAAUUAAGAGAACGCUAUAAUUCAUUUGAAAGUAUGCUGUUAGACUUCAUUUUACCUACUUUUCCUAGUAAUAUAACACCAUCUAAAGUUCAUCUUGAAGGAGGCAUAACUCAUUUACACACAUGUUUAAUUGACAAUCACAGUUUCUUGAUUAAAGUCAAGGAUAUCACACUUGCUAUAAUUGUUGACUUAUAUAAAUCUAAAGAGAUUGAGCUUGUGCCUGAACUAUUAAAACUUCCAAAUAUAAAAAAUGUUGAAUGGUACAUUCGUACUCCAUCUGGAGAUCUCUUGACCAAACAAGAAAUUAAAUAUAUCAUUGAUUUAAUGAACUUGGAGAAUUUUUCACAGUCAUUAAGCUACAUGAAGGAUUUUAAAAAUGUUAUAGAUAUACUUCCAAGAAGAUGUAACAAUAUGAUAUGUAGAGGACUUUUACGAAAUCCAUUUGUUAAUUUUGGUACAUUUCAAGAUUUAAAAUUUUUGGAAUUCAAUUUCGCUGAUAUUUCAUUAUUUGUCAAAUUACCACCAUCAUUAGAAAAGAUAAGGAUUAUAGAAACCAAAUUUUCCGUUUCUGAAGAUUUUUCAUGGCCACCAAAUGUGAAGGUUGUGAAGAUUACAAAAUGUGAUAUGAAUGAUGAAAAUCUAGUUAGAUUAUCUGGUUGGCCUACUAAAUUAAAAACAUUGACAUUGGAACAUAAUAAGUUUUAUAAACUCAGCAGUAUGGGAAAUCUACCUCAAAGUUUAGAAUAUCUAAGCAUAGUUUCCCUGGCUAGUCACCUUGUAUUUUAUGAAGAUCCUUUAAUUCGAUUUGAUCUUUAUAAUUUUGGUUCCUAUUCCUUUCCUAAAUCUUUGAAAAGCUUAAAUAUUUCUGGUGUUACCUUUCAUGAUUUUCAUAGAUAUGUUAUAGAGUUUCCUCAAGGUUUACAAAGAUUGAGAAUAUCUCGAGGCAUCAAAUCCUUAAAGCAAUUCAUAUUUCCUAAUUCUUUAAUCUAUUUGGAUUUAAGUUGUAAUCAGAUAGAAAGUCUAUUAGAUUAUGAGAAUCGCUUCCUGCUAAACUAUUGGAGAUCUCUUAUCAAUUUACAAGUAUUAAUAUUGAAUAAUAACUUAUUAGAUUCAAAUUCCUUGAACAAUUGGUGGCCUCCUAUAAAUCUAAAUUGCAUAAAUUUGAGUUCAAAUUUGAUCGACAGCUUGAAUAUCAAAAUUUUAGAAUACAAAAUAAGACAGCAGAUUUCACAUAAUAGUGUGAUUGACAUGUCUUCAACUAAGAUCAAUAAAAGCUCAUUCAAAUCUUUAUUUCGUAAAUGA